CUCCGCUGACUCGUUCUCCUCGCUGACUGGGUUGGAUCGGGAACAAUGUCCUCCUAUGGCCAACUGCUCAGCGCCCGCUGCGCUUCGCCCUGCGAGGUGAUGUGUAGCCAACCCUACGUCGACGCCUGCAGCGAGCCCUGCGUCACCUCCUGCGGAGAAUCCCGAGCCAUUGUCUAUGCCCCGCCCGUGGUCGUGACAUUCCCGGGGCCCAUCAUCAGCUCCUGCCCCACGGAGAGCAUCGUUGGGUCGUCCAUCCCCGAAAUCGGCGGGGGAAUGGGCUCUGGAGGGGGUGGGAUGGGCUCUGGAGGUGGCGGGAUGGGAUCUGGAGGUGGCGGGAUGGGGUCUGGAGGUGGCGGGAUGGGGUCUGGAGGCUUUGUGGUGUCGUCCCUGUUCCCUGGGAUCAGAUCCGGUGGCGGGAUGGGAUCUGGAGGUGGCGGGAUGGGGUCUGGAGGUGGCGGGAUGGGAUCUGGAGGAGGAAUGGGAUCGGGAUGCGGUGGGAUGGGCUCUGGAGGGGGAGGAAUGGGCUCUUCCUGCGGGGGCUCCUACGGGAUGGGCUCCCACAGCUCGGGCGGCUCGUGCGGGGGUGGGAUGUCACGGCUGGAGAGCCUCUACCGCGGCUCCUAUUUCUCAGGCUACGGCAGGAAUUAUUAUCCCUAUUUUUCCCGAGGGUACUACAGGUAUCGCUACGGGAACUACGGGCCUUUUUAACCCUUUAAAGCUGAGGAAUGUCCACAGGAAAAAUAGGAUGCAAAGUAGUAGUUGAUGGCUCGGAAUUCCAAGCAGUCUCUGCUCCAGCUGAUCCGGUCGGAGCCGGGGUUGUUUGGAUCUUGUUGUGCUUUAUCCAAGGCUUAGGGUCCCGAUGUUCCCUCCCUUUGUCCCUCGCUCCUGUUGUGUUUUGUACUCCCUGAACCUGAAGAGUCAAACCAGUCAUGGGACUUGGCUGUGAAAGUGUCCAGAAGUGGAGAAGGAAUGUCUCAGAAUGACUGCUGGACUGGAGUCCAGGCUGAAAUGGGAAUGCUGAAAUGGGAAUUCUGACAUGGAGAUUCUCUUCUUUGUCUCUGUAGUGCCUCAUCCCACCUUUUGUUUGUAUUAAA